AUGAUGGAAGGUCAUAUCUUCUUCUUACUUCUUGUCGUGGUGGUGCAGUUUUUAACUGGCAUCUUGGCAAAUGGCCUCAUUAUAGUUGUUAAUGGUAUUGACUUGAUCAUGUGGAAGAAAAUGGCCCCACUGGAUCUGCUUCUUUCUUGCCUGGCGACUUCGCGGAUCAUUCUGCAGUUGUGUAUAUUGUUUGGACACCUGGGUCUAUUCUGUUUGGUGAAGCACACUUUAUUUGCUGACAAUAUUACCUUUGUCUUCAUUAUAAAUGAACUAAGUCUUUGGUUUGCCACAUGGCUUGGUGUUUUCUACUGUGCCAAGAUUGCUACCAUCCCUCACCCACUCUUUUUGUGGCUAAAAAUGAGGAUAUCCAGGUUGGUACCAUGGCUGAUCCUUGGAUCUGUGCUCUAUGUAACUAGUACUACUUUCAUUCAUAGCAGAGAGACUUCAAUAAUUCCUAAACAAAUCUUUACAAACUUUUUUUCUAAAAACGCAACUCAGGUGGGCACAGUGCAUGCUAAGUUACUCUCCGUCUUUGUCUUUGGACUCACACUGCCAUUGCUCGUCUUCACUGUUGCUGUUCUGCUCCUGAUAUUCUCCCUGUUGAACCAUAGCUGGCAGAUGAGGACUAUGGUGGGCACCAGGGAGCCUAGCAGGCAUGCCCACAUCAGUGCGAUGCUGUCCAUUUUGUCAUUCUUCAUCCUCUAUCUCUCCCACUACAUGGUGGCUAUUUUGAUCUGUACCCAAGGCUUCCACCUUGAAAAGAGAACCUUUGUGUUCUGCUUAUUGGUUAUUGGUGUAUACCCCUCAUUACAUUCGAUUGUCUUAAUUUUACGAAAUCCUAAGCUGAAACGAAUUGCAAAAAUGUUAAUUGGCCAUUGUAAGUGUUGUCAUUGUGCAAAAGCUUGGUUGACCUCAAAGAACCCAAGACUCAGUGACUUGCCAGUGCCUGGUACUCAUCACUCAGCCAACAAGAAGCCUGUAUAAUGC